AUGUCGCCAUUUCUGCCCCUUAUCUUCUUGUUCACUGCCGUUUUCGCUACGCAUUUCCAGCCUUUCUACCCCCUCGACCUCGCUCAAGGGUACACGCGCAGCCUGCGAAACUCCAGCCAACUCAGGAGCGAUUUUCUGCACUUUGAUGGCCUAGACAAGCGAGACGAUUGCGAUCCAACAGACUCGACGCAUUGUCCAGACGGCUGCUAUAGGGAUGCCAAUGAUGUUUGCUGUACCAACGGAGGCGCUGUCGCUCAGGGAGAUGUAUGCUGCGACGACAGCGCCGGAGGCGGCUGCGCAAUCGGCUUGAUUUGUGGCUUUUGCGGCACCAACGGCGUCUGUUGCAGCGAUGCUUCAUGUACCGUCUUGGUCGACCCGGAUGGAUCUUCGGUGACGCUUGGUCCGGACGACUGCAAGGCAACGGCAGGGAACACGGUGGCAUCUGUCGCAACGGUUGGACCCAGCGGCACGCCAGCUCCCACUCCCACGCCCACACCGAGUACUACGGAGCAGCUCAGCACCACCCCGAGCACACCGGCGGUUCCCUCCACGACUGAAAGCCCGCCGCCACCGCCUACCACCGCGGAAGCGCCCAUUCCAACGACCUCGGCCGCGACAGUCGUGACGGUGGUCACAACAACAACCUCGACCUCGUUCUCCAGCCCGACCCCCACGACCCCGGAAGCGACCACGAGCUCAGAGGUUGUGUCGCCGCCACCAGAAUCCACCACAUCGUCUGUGGCUCAGACUGCCGGCGUGGGGAGGGGUGUCGAGGGCCACGGGCUUCUGGCGACAACUGCUCUUGCACUGGCGGUUGUGGGCAUGAUGCUGAUGCUUGCUUGA